UUUCCUCAGGGGGGCGCUCUGACUUCUCUGCCUGCCUGUCACUGUGCUGUCAGGGAAUGAAUGUGUACGGCUAGCCGGCUGGUAGCUUUGGCAAUGUUGUCACUAUCAGAAUGAUAUCGCAGCGGGACAGAGGGGAACUUGCUCGGUUUUAUACUGUCACAGACCCAAAAAAGCACAAAAAAGGUUACACCGUGUACAAAGUCACCGCGAGGAUAAUCUCAAGGAAGAACCCAGAGGAUGUCCAAGAGAUAACAGUAUGGAAACGAUACAGUGAUUUCCGGAAGCUUCAUCAAAACCUGUGGCAGCUGCACAAGAAUGUCUGUAGCCAGUCUGAGCUGUUUCCUCCCUUUGCCAGGGCCAAAGUCUUCGGUCGUUUUGAUGACUCAGUAAUUGAGGAAAGGAGACAGUGCUCUGAGGAUCUGCUACAGUUCUCUGCUAAUAUUCCCGCUCUCUAUAGUAGUCAGCACAUCCAAGAUUUCUUCAAGGGAGGUGAAGUCCACGACGGCUCAGAGCUCAUCGGACCAGCUGAGCCCUUUUCUGACUUCCUGGCAGACAGUUUAUCAGACUGCAGCUCUGAUGUGCAAAGAGACAUCAGUGGUGCAGAUGAUUUGACUAUCACAUCUGAGUAUGGAGGUCCGUCCAGUGACAGCGACCUGACCUCCCUUGCUGUGGAUACAGACUCUUUAGCUGGGCUGGAUGAUGGCAUGGCCUCAGGCCGCACCUCCCCAAACCAGCCACAGGGGGGAGCCACCAACAUUAGCAGCAGCUGUAGCCCUCGCUUGUCUUCCCUGCACGAACGCCGCACCCCAUCUCCUGCCCCAGUCCCUGCAUCCUCAGCCCCUAACCCAGAGGUCAGCUGGCCAGGCCGAACGCCGCUCUUCCCUGGCAGCCUGAAGAAAGCCAGUGGUGGCAACGCUAAGGACGUGAAGUCAGACUACUUAGACAGAGCCAGUGAACUCAUCUAUUUGGCUGUACAGAAAGAGAAAGAGGAGGACUUCCAGGCAGCUUUCUCCUGCUACCGCAGUGGAGUAGAUCUGCUGCUUCAAGGAGUACAAGGUGAGCCCAGUCCUACGCGACGAGAGGCAGUGAAGAAGAAGACUGCAGAGUAUCUGAUGCGUGCAGAACAGAUAUCCAGUCAGCAUCUGAGAAGCAACAUGGGUCAGGGGUCAACACAGACAGUGGCUUUGGGGGCACAGUGCUGCCCAUCCACCAGCAGAGGAGGCCAACAGAGUCCAUCUGUGGAGCUGAGAGCUUACAGGGUGCUGGGGGUCAUAGAUAAGGUUCUUUUGGUCAUGGACAAGAGAACACAAGAGACGUUCAUCCUGAAAGGUCUGAGGAAAAGCAGCGACUGCGGACGCACUAAGAGGACAAUCAUGCCUCACUCUGUGCCCCACAUGGUGCAGCUGAGGAAAUUCAUCGUCUCUGAAGACACUGUUUUCCUUUUGCUGCACUAUGCUGAAGGCGGGAAGCUGUGGUCUCACAUUGGAAAGUACCUUCGUAAUUCCAGCCCAGAGGAGAGCUUUGACAUCCCUUUCAUCCAGAAGAGCCACACGACGGCUGUACACACUCCACAACAUGCCGUGCCACAGCUGGAUGUAGAUUCAGCGAGUUCUGGUUCUGGGCCGCUUGCCGGUUCUGAUUCUGUCUCAGGGCUGCAGAAGGAAGGAGAGAGCCCCACAUCUCUACGGAAAAGUGUUCUCCUUCCUAAGCUUAUCAAACAAACUGGGGCCCAGUCAGACUCUGGAGCCACCUCUGAGGAAGAGUGCACCAACAGUUAUUUGACACUUUGCAAUGAGUAUGAACAAGACAAAGUAGAACCGGAUGCACUAGAGGAGGAGGAAGAGAAGAGUGAACAGGAAAUGUUGUCAUUGGAAGUGCCCAUAGCGACGACCAACACUUCUUCACGUAGCCGCUCGCUGCUUAGCAACGACAGCCUCUCUUCACCUAUCAGCUCUCAGGAACUUGGUUUUUUCACAGAGUCCUCCGACAAAAGUGGCCAUACCCUGGACAUCGAGCAAUACCAAGGUGAGGGACAGGACCACAGCGAAGUCUUCAGUCCUUUGCCCUCCCCUGCUGUGCCUCUGUCUUUGGAUCAGUCCAAGCACACGCCAAUGGAGUUUUUCCGUAUUGACAGCAAAGACAGUGCAAGCGAGGUGACCUGCCUCGACGUAGGAGAGCUGCGCCCCGCUCACAAGCAGUUCCCCGUCUUUUCUACAUGUGACCCGGGCUCAGAUGUCACUGAGGAUCUUCCAGAGCUGGCUCAGGAGGUCAAGAGCCACAGCUCAGAGCUUUGGGGGUUUGACUGUAGCGAUAAAGGCUCCAACGAGUCAGUGCCAGUAAUCUCAUUUAAAGAUGCAGUAGUUGAGGAUGAGGGUCACCCACCAGACCUUUUGGUUAACCUGCCUGUAACGGGUGGAACUGUAGACUCUUUACAGGAGGAAUUAGAGACUUCAGGCGUGUGUCUGGGUCUCGAGGCCACAGCCUCUCCUCAGAAGUUCAUCCAGCCUGAUGUUUUACAGCUUCAUAGCCAACAUGAGGAAGAAGAGGAGCAGCCACUGGAGCAGGAGCUGUCAUCUUUAUGUACAGCCUCCGCAACUUGUGACACCGGUGUUGUAUCUUCCUCUCCAUUCAACUCACUGUGGGAGGACUGCAGCUUGGCAUUUGGGCAAGAGGCCUCUGACAAAAUGGUGGUUCACCCUGCAUGCCAAAAUAAUGACCUUCCCCUUGACCUUCCAGUUACUGACUCGCUUAAUGAGAAACUAGAGGCCGGUACAAGAGUAAAUACAGACUUGUUUCCAGAGCCCAGUGACAACAGCACAGGCUCUUUCCCUGCCACAAACGGGACUGAGGCCUGUGCCGUGGUUAAGACUUUAUUAGGUCUUGAUGGUGAAUCAUCAGGAGUUAUUAGUAAUACAGGUGGCAGCGAAUUUGAUAAAGAAGUAUCGCGGCUGUUUGCGGAGCUGGAUGAGCUGUCGUUGGCUGCAUCCCAAGCUCACAUCCCAGAGGAGUUUGUGCGGUGCUGGGCCGCAGAGAUGGUGGCAGCCCUGGAUUCUCUGCACCAAGAGGGCAUCAUCUGUCGAGACCUGAACCCCAACAACAUCCUGCUCGACCACCAAGGUCAUGUUCAGCUCACCUACUUCUGUAGCUGGAGUGACCUGGAGGAGUCCUGUGACCAAGAGGCUAUUGUCAAUAUGUACUGUGCACCAGAGGUGGGAGGUAUCAGUGAGGAGACGGCAGCAUGUGAUUGGUGGAGUUUGGGCGCCAUCCUGUUUGAGCUCCUGACAGGCAUGUCUCUGCUGCGGUGCCAUCCAGCAGGAAUUGGUCGCCACACCGCUCUCAACAUCCCAGAGUCUGUUUCAGAGGAGGCCAGAUCUCUGCUGGAACAGUUGCUCCAGUACAACCCGAUGGAGAGACUGGGAGCGGGUGUGGGAGGCGUGGAUGAUAUCAAAUCCCACCCUUUCUUUGCCAGAGUGGACUGGCCCAAAUAGAUGCUGUGCAUUGUGGGACUGCGGAAACCGGAGAUGCAUGCUGGGAAACUGGCUGUUCUGAAUGAACUCUUUUUUUCAGAGUGGACACACAAAUAGAUACACAGUAAAUACAAAUAAUGCACAUCUACCGUUUCACGUAUAGCCAUUCAGUCCCCAUGCCACGAAACUUGCCACGAAGCAGUAUUACCUUUCUCGUAAAUUGCUCAUUUCAUUUUGUCACAUCCAUGCAGGGAACACUUAACAACAGUGUGUGGUGCAAUAAUUUAUACAGCCAUGCUGGUACUGAGUGAUGAUCCACUAUGAUAUUGUUGCUUUUACACUCCCCACACAGUAGCUGUAAGCCAAAAUGACAUGACUGAGAGUGACAGGUGACAUUUUUCACUGCAUUCAUUAAGUACUGUAUGUUUCCCAUUCAAACUGACACAGACUUAAGUCACCUUUUCUGAAGACCCAUGUGCAAUGCACUCAGUUUGUUGCCACCUAAUAACACUUCUAUCAUUCCUCACAGAGCCCGUUGAGAUUAGCUGUGAGUGAGACAGGUUGAGCUUUUUUUUUUUAUUUGACGCAGGGCUUGUGUUGCUCUGAUCUAGAAACAGAUACGAUAUCUCAUUUCCUACCACGCUGUCAGUUGUUUUGUUUUUUUGCCAAACCCCCUUUACUGCCAACUAGCCCACGUACAGUAACAGAGAUGGACUCUAUGCAAGGUGAAUGAACAAAAUAUUUUGUAGCUGGAGGUUUUGUUGUUCAGCAGAUUUUAGUUAUAUUAAGACUGAAUUAUUAAAUAGAUGAGAGCUGGGGAAAAAAGGGCCAGUUUAGCAGAGAGUGUAAUCGUCCUGUGUGUUUCAUUCAAGAAAGAAAUAAUAAAGCAGGAUGAGCCACACAUUUGAAACCAGCCCUUUUACAGAUUAUUGUUGUUUUUAUGAGGAAACUGCACUGACAACACUGCAUGUGAGAAUAUGAUUUAUGUAAUAUAUUUAGUACAAUGAAAAAUCUAUCAAACAAUAAAUAAUGUGUCUUGUAAAUAUAACUUUUAAAGGAUGUUGUGCUGAGUGAGAGGCACACCCAGGUCGCAAAGCAUUAACUUUUCUGUUACGUCCAAGCUGUCAAUCACUUACUGCCUCAUCAAUCAAAUCAGUUUUAUUUGAUUGUGUUUGUUUUGCUAACUCGCCACACCGAUCUUAAUGCUGGUUUUAUAAUAUGAAUACUGACUGAAUCGUGUGGUUACAUUACAUGCCAUAUAUCACUUCUUGUAUAAUCGGAUGAGACAUUUGAGAAUUAUUGGAGCAUAUAUCAGACGCAUCUUAGUAACAUUACACAGAUAAUCACUGUUGUACUCCACUGCACUGCAGAUUAAUACACGUUAACUGACAGUUACUGUAAAUUACCAGGUCCAUACUCGACAUAUUAACCCUUUCUAUCAGACAUAAUCAUCAUCGCGGUGAGAGCAGCUUGUUUUUCUGUGUUUUUUAUUGAGUACUCACUCCUGUCUGUGCUGUAUGUCUGUCCUGGUUCUCAGUGCACUCUGGAUAACAAUAAACAUACCUGGAUCAGUGCA